AUGGAUUAUUACAAGAUUUUAGAAAUUAAUCGUGAUGCUUCAGCCUCUGAUGUAGCCAAAGCCUAUAAUAAACUUUCAUUAAAAUGGCAUCCAAAAUUGAGUAAGUUAGAUCAUAAUACUACUUAUCAUCAUUUUUGUUUAAUUUCUGAAGCUUAUGAAGUAUUGUCUGAUCGUAAUAAUAUAUAAUCAAUUUAGCAAUUAAAAGGACAUUUUAUGAUAAGUAUGGUGAAGAGAAGUUGAAGGAAGGUUUCUUUGCUAAUGGAAGUAAAUAAUUUAUUGAUUAACUAAGACCUCAAGGGCGGUUACAGUUUUGCAGGUAAUCCUGAAGAAAUAUUUGAAAAGUUUUUUGGUACAUCUAAUCCAUUUGCUUAACUUAUAGGUAAUUAUUAAUAUUCUAUCAUUUAGAUACAAAUGGAUCAGAAAAUCAUGGCACUCUCUUUAGUCAUGCAUUUGGAGGAUAGAAUUUCCCAGGAAUACCAGGACCUUAAGAUCUUGAAAUCUAAGUAGAGUGUACUUUACAUGAAUUAUAUAAUGGUUGUGCAAAAACAGUAUCAUAUUAAAGAUAAAUACUUAAUAAAGAUGGAAUCACAACUCGUUAAAUUACAGAAACUAAGUAUUUAUUUAUAAUUUGAUAUCUCUUAGAGAAAUUAAAAUUGAUCGUGGUAUUGAAACUGGAUAAAAGAUAGUAUAUAAAGAAUUAGGUAAUGAAGCUGCAGGAUUUAAAUCUUCUGAUUUAAUUUUCUUAAUCAAAGAAACUCCACAUCCAACUUUUAAAAGAAAAGGAAAUGAUUUAUUAUAUAUUGCAAAAGUUAAAUUGGCAAAUGCCAUUGCUGCAGAUCCAAUAUAAAUUGUAACAUUAGACAAUAGAAAAUUAUAAGUACCUGUUGAUUAAAUCAUAAGGUAUGUUUAUUAAUAAUAAUCAUAGUCCUAAAUAUGUAAAAAUGAUUGAAAAUGAAGGAAUGCCUAUCUUCUAAUAGGAUGAAGUGAAAGUAUCAUAUUUUAUAUAAAUUUUAGGAUUUUGGUAAACCAUAUACAUUUGGAAAUUUGUACAUUAGAUUUGAUAUACAAUUCCCAGAAGAUCUAACAGAAAGUUAAAAAAAUAGAAUCAAAGAUAUUUUAUUAGAAGGUUAAUAAUGAUU